GGCCUAGACAUCCACGGGCUCGCCCACUAUCAACACCGGGUAACAUUGCCGUGCUGCUAAUCCUUACCCAUCACGUCCACUGUUUUCAAAGUAUAUCAACAUUCAUAUGUUUUAGAGCAGCCUGGUGGGAGACAUGUGUAUAUUUUGUAUAAAUACUUUUUGCCAACGUAUGAUAUACGUAACUAUUGAUGGACGAGUGAUAAUUUGACUUUUUACACGUGAUUAUCCACCCAUCAUCCAUCGUUAGUUAGCUGGGUAGCUUUUUAUAGCUCUUUUGCUAGCUAGGUCUACUGAGCGAUAAGUAACGCAACUAGAAAAUGUAUAGCUGUCCUUGUGCUUUGUACUUUGACAACAACAAAAAUAUCAUGCUAUCCACUCAGUUCUGCGGUUGUGCCUUUGAUUUAACAUUAGAAAUGAACACACACUAUCUUAUUUAUUGAAAUGACAACUGCGUGUGCGGUUGCAAUUAUGGCUGCGUCCACAGCUGCGUUGGUUAGCUAACAUUAGCUGGUUAACAGUAUAAAAACGGUCUAACCAUGCUAAAGGUAAACAUGACACUAGGACUAACGUUAUAGUAUAACCUAGCUAAUGUGCCAGCGUUCUGUCACGCGAUUACGGCGCAGAAAUUCUUCGCCAUAUAUAAUGCUAUUUUCUCCUGGCUAUUUAGCGAUCAAAGGUGAGUUGCCCUGGAAGUGUUCUGGUUUUCAUGCAGAUGGUCCACGAAGCAUGCUUGGACCUGAGGCUUUAUAAAACAAUAAUUAGGUUUUAGUAAGAAUUUCACGUGGACAAUUUUAACGACAACAAUAACGACAGCGACUAGGAUGCAUCUGUGUGGCUGUACUCCAGAUCAACCUAGGUUUUGUUUCUCAGUCCUGUUAGACAGUUAUUGCAAUAGGGUCAGAUUAAUACGGUAUUUAUUUAUAUAUCAAGUGUAAGAGAAGACUGGGGACAAUAUAACUUCACUAGGUGGGUAUGACCCAAGUUUGGUCCGACAUAUGUGGUCAUGAAUAAUAGGCACAAUAAAAGUUUAAAGCUGAACACGUAUAGGAAAACUACAGGUACAUGCUUGCUAAAGGUUUAAAGGAGAAGUGCUGUGGCAAACAUCUCAGAUACAGGCAGUUUUUAUUUCUUGAUUAGCUCUUCGUGAAAUCAGAUGCCAAUAAAUGGUUGGCACAGUUUCAGGCAACUUCCUUGAGAUUAGCCCAAAUGUAUGGUUAAAUCAAUGGUUAAACAGACUUUACACUUACCUUAUGUUGUGUCUGUGUGUUGAGGACAUUUUAGCCUUCCUUGUUGAUUUAACCUAUUUAUUAUUUUUUGUUGGAAGUAUUGAUGCCACAGUACCAUUUCCUGGUCUUUAUUGUUUUCUCUGUAUCACCUCAGGUCAUCAAUUAUUCAGACUUUCUGGCCCUUGUCAGCUCGAAAUCUAGUUGCUUACUGGGCUACAACUAGUCUAUCUCAUAGGCUUUGUGCAGUGAAGCACUUUCAUAUGGUGACUUUCUUCUCAUUAUUCAAGACAUUACACCUGGUCAUUCUAAGUAGUCAGGGGUUCAGUUUCUUACUCGGGAACAUCUGAACUUGAAACCACUGAACUAUUUGAUGUUGAACUAUCUGCCUGUCCUGAGACUGGACCUCCUGGGUGACUGGUAAACCCAUUAGUAUUUACUGGGCUCUUCGUUGUGUUUGUAAUGCUGUUGUGUGUCCUCACAGGGGUUCUGUUUGUAAUGCUGUUGUGUGUCCUCACAGGGGUUCUUCAGCAGCGGGUGGCUGAUCUGGAGCAAGAGCGGGCUGACAUCCUCAAGCUUAAGCAGCAGCUGGAGAUGGAGUUCAACCAGAAGCGGGCCAAGUUUAAGGAGCUCUAUCUGUCCAAAGAAGAGGAGCUCAAGAGGCAGGCGUCCUCUCUGGAGGCAGCCCAGGCAGAUCUGCUGCAGGUCCAGGCCCAGCUGACCGUGGCGCAGGCAGAUAUGGAGAACAUCAAGGAGGUGGCCACGGUCUCCGAGAGCACCAAGCAGGAGGCCAUCGACCAAGUGAAGCAGCAGUGGCAGGAGGAGGUUAUUUCACUGCAGGCCAUUAUGAAAGAUACGGUGCGGGAGUAUGAGGUGCAGUUCCACCAGCGCCUGGAGCAGGAGCGUGCUCAGUGGGCGCAGUACCGCGAGACGGCGGAGCGGGAGAUGGCCGAGCUGCGCCGGAGGCUCUCCGAGGGCCAGGAGGAGGAGAACCUGGAGAACGACAUGAAGAAGGCCCAGGAGGAUGCUGAGAAGCUGCGUUCUGUCGUCAUGCCAAUGGAGCAUGAAAUCGCUGCUUUGAAGGCCAAGCUGACGAGCUCAGAGGACCGCGUGAAGGAACUGGAGGCCUCCAAGGUACACGCCAACGAGUUGUUCAAAGGCGGCUGGAAAAAUUCACCUCAGGUGAAGGAACUGAAUCAUGUUCUGGAGGCAGAAAAGUCUUGCCGCACUGACUUGGAGAUGUACGUGGCAGUCCUCAACACUCAGAAGACAGUCCUCCAAGAGGAUGCCGAGAAAAUGCGGAAAGAACUCCAUGAAGUGUGUCACCUGCUGGAGAUGGAGAGACAGCAACACAAUCAGCUGAAGCACACCUGGCAGCGGGCCAAUGACCAGUUCCUGGAGUCCCAGCGGAUGGUGAUGAGGGACAUGCAGAGGAUAGAGAACGUGCUGACCUCCGAGCAGCUCCGGCAGGUGGAGGAGGUGAAGAGGAGGGAUCAGGAAGAAGAUGAGCAGGAAGCACUCAGCCAGGCGAAUGAAGUGAAUGAGGACGAGGGAGCAGAGCAUGCCGAGGCUGCAGAAGAUUCCCUCCUGGGCCUGUCUAUAGAUGAGGGACACACAAACAACAGCAUGCACAGCUCUUUGCACUCCUUGGACACGGACACCCCCGGGCACCCGGACGGCACGGACCUGUACAAGGACGGCCUGCGGCGGGUGCAGUCCACCGACAGCCUGGGCUCCUCGGGCGGGCCGCUGCACUCGCACGGCCUGGGCGGCCACAACCACAAGGCCAAGUCGGCCAGCCAGCUGGACGAGUCAGACUUCGGGCCGCUGGUGGGCGCCGACUCCUCCGGGGGCUUUGAGGCCUUCGAGACGGCGUCGGUCUGCUCGCUCCAGCCGUCCGCCGGCCACUUCCUCCUCACCAAGGACCAGGAGAAGGCCAUCAAGGCCAUGACGCCAGAGCAGGAGGAGACCGCCUCAAUCCUCUCCAGCAUCUCCCACGUCCCUGAGAACGCCUACUUGCCACCGUCCGGCUACAGGCUGGUCAGCGAGAGCGAGUGGAACCUUCUGCACCAGGAGCUUAAAAAUGCCGGGAGGAAGUUGGGUCGUCGGUGUGACAUGUGCUCCAACUAUGAGAAACAGCUGCAGGUCAUCCAGGGUCAAGAGGCUGAAACUCGCGAUCAGGUGAAGAAACUGCAGAGUAUGCUCCGGCAGGCCAACGACCACCUGGAGAGGACUAUGAAUGAGAAACAGGAGCUGGUGGACUCAAUGAAGCAGGGCAACGAGGAAACGGCUGCCAAGAUAGCUGCUCUGAAUCAGAAGGUGCAGGAGACUGAGGUGCUGCUGAGCACCCUGCAGCAGGCCUUCAGUCAAGCCAAGAGGAACACCCAGGACCAGAUGGCGGUACUGAUGCAGUCCAGGUCGCAGGUCGCGGACGAGCUGAGCCGACUGCAGAGGGACAACGACAGCCUGCAGGGCAAACACCGGCUGCACCUGGCCCUGCAACAGCAGGAGGCCUUCCAGCUGCCCACCACCACUGAGGAGCUCCAGGCACUAGUGAUGCAGUACCGGGAGCACAUCGUGUCUGUGCGCACGGCAGCGGAGCACCUGGAGGAGAAGCUGAAGGCGGAGAUCCUUUUCCUGAAGGAGCAGAUCCAGGCAGAGCAGUGCCUGAAGGAGAACCUGGAGGACACCCUGCAGCUAGAGAUCGAGGGCUGCAAAGAGGAGAUCGACAUCUUGGAAGCGUCAUUCUCCAGUCUGAAAACGGAGCUGGAGCGUGUGAAGACUGAGAAGGAACAGCUGGAGAGAAACCUCGCGGAGAAGACGCAGGUGCUGGAGAGUGUGCAGGGCCUAAAGAGAGGCCUGGCGGAACAGCUCAGGGAGGCCCUAACUAGCAAGACCGCGCUUGAGAGCCAGGUGCUGGACGAGCGGGAUAAGGCCCAGCGGCUGCAGACGGAGCUGGAUGUCAGUGAGCAGGUGCAGAGGGACUUUGUGAAGCUGUCACAAACUCUGCAGGUGCAGUUAGAGCGUAUCCGUCAGGCCGACUCUUUGGACCGCAUCAAUGUCAUCCUAAACGACACCAACCUGACAGACAUCCGCCACCUACCGGACACAUGAUGCCCCUCCCCAGUCCUUCCUGCUGUGUCUCCCCACCCUGCUCCCACCCCCCUCUCUGACAGGCCUCCGCACCACCAUCUGCACCAGAAGGCCUCUCUGGCAGGGAGGGGGCAUGAGGUUGCCCCUCACCUUUUUUUUUUUAAAACAAAAUAACAACAAAAAAAACGGAAAAAAGUCACUACCCUCUGUGAACAACCUUUUGGGAGAGAAAUGAAAGGACAAAAAUAAAAGAAGACAAGCCUUCAGGGGGAAGGGACAACAAAAAAAUAAAUGAGAUGUCGGAUGUGUCGGAUGAAGGAGAAGAGCUCCUGUAGAACACUACUGUUGGACGGUGGAUGUAAAUAGGCCGUCAUGAGAGGGGUGGACCCGGCUCUGGUCUUGCCGCUGUGGGACAUGAGGGUUGUGGUUCUGUUGUUUUUGAAAUCAUUGCACUUCUGAAUGAUAGAGACUUCUCAUUCAGCUAAUAGUAACACAUGGGGCCAUAACAUUCCCCCCACUUUGUUGCACCUCCUGAAAGCAAGCAAGCAAAUGAAACCUGGUCGAUAAAUUCGCUCCCUCUGUCUGUGAUCUGUUCCCCCUCACCCUGUUUUUCUUUUGCUUCUAUCUGCACUCACAUUGUGGGCUUAGGCCCGGUUGCUCCAGCUUGCUCCACUCGCCAGGCAGAGUGUUGGCCUGCAUGAAGGAGACACUGGAGUGUUUGUACAUACAGUGUAUACAGAAUAUAUAUUGCAUCAAUUAAGUUAAUGAAAGAAUGAGUGAAUGAAUGUGAAUUGCUGAAAUAUGUGGUUCUCUGCGCGCCGUCCUUGGAAUCCUAUGAUGGAUCAGUCUAUCAAGUCACCGACAGUCACGCUACCCUGUCGCAGUAGCCUCGUCUGCUGUUUGGCUCUCAGCCCACAUGGCCUCAAUAGACUGUCACAUUUUCUUAACAGUGCCACUUCAGGCUUUUCAUAAACCACGCAACCACAGAGGAAGUGAGCUGACAUGUUAUGUUUUAUGUUUUCUUUUCUUAAAACCUGUUUACAGUAUUUCUUAUGUUGGGUUGCUAAAACCUUGAGGUUGCAGAUGAGUUCUCCCUAGGAUGUCUUAGAAUUUUGCAGUUUCCCUUUCGGUGAAAGUAUAUUUUAUUCUUAAAUUGAAAUCCAGCACGGCAGUUGUCUGGACUAUACCACUAAUGGCAAAGCAUGUCACUUGCCAUGAACAGUCCUUUGACGUUAAACAGGCAGGUAUCAAAGGCCUACUGACGUACAGCAUGUGAAAAAUCAAAAGUACACUAUCUUCUGAGUUUGCUUCUUGUAGAUAACAUCAGCGCCCCCCGUAUCAGGUUAAAAAGCACUAAAAGGAACGUGUGUUAGUGUAAAUAUGUAUUUACAUUUGAUUGUGUUUUGUAUGUGUGUGUUUGGAAUUGAUUCCUUGUGCUCCUCCAUGCAGUGCUCAGUUUUGAGUGUUUUGUGGAAGUGAAACCACAGACAGCUUACAGUUUUGGCACAGGAUCUGGUGUCUAAAACACAAUGAGUGUCUGUAUGGUGUUCAAAAUACAUAGGCUCAUAUUUAGAGUGAGACCGUAUUGGAUUUUUAAAGGGCUAGGUAAAAAUGCUUCAUAAGAUUUUGACAUAGCUGCUGAUCUUGACAGACACUACUUCAAGCCUGAGCACAGUGUGUGUGUGUGCGUGCAGGAAAGGUCUCACUACUCAACUCUACAGGAGGGUGAGAUUUCAGUGUUUGCCUAAGUGUGAGUUUUGGAGAACUGCUCUUGAGAUGUCUGAUUGAGGUGUCUACUGUUUUUUCCUCCUCGUUUCCCGUAGAGGAAACUUGUCAGAUGUGACUGCGUGAUUCAUGUUUUUUUUUCCAAGUCUAUUUGGGAAAUCAGUUUAUUGUUGUGCUACUGAUUCUCACCCAAAUAUACAGGCACACACUUUAAAAUCUGGUUUAUAUUAAUACAAAAGAUUUAAGUAAUUCCCCUUCGUAACAUUCAGAACAGGAAGUUGUAUUGUGGCCCAGGGUAUUGCAACUGAUGCCACAGUUUCUGUUUCUCAUUUUAACAUGGAAAGUACCCCGUUUGACAUGUGACCAUGGUUUACAUAGUGAUUUUACUCUAAUUUCAGGUGUCAACAUUGACCUGAAUCAACUGCUUGGUAGCCCUUUAAUUGGUCUGUGAAAUCAAGUAAUCCAGAUGUAAAUUGAAAUUAACUGUAAAGGAGAGAACAUGUUGGAGCUGUAAAACAAAGCUCUCGUUUGAAGCUGAAAAACGUGACCGCUGCUGCUGAAAUUGUGCAAAAAGAUCGCUUUUCUCGCUUGCGCUCGGGCAAAACGUCUCCGUGCUGUGAAACAUGUUGUGAUGUCUCUCAGGUCGUGUUCGUCUUUAUUUUGGCUUCUGCGGACUGCUCGCUGCCUCGCUGCAUACAGUUCGGGUUUCCUCAAAGGUCUUUGUGCUUCUGCAUUGUGUUUGCCUUUGGUUUUGGUUGUGCAACCUAUUUCUUAGAAAACGAUGCCCAUUCUUGUCUUAGUUUUCAUGUCAUCCUACGUUUCUAUGAAUAUUAGACCUCCACAGACAAAGCCUUGUAAAAGAACCCUCUGCUAAGGACUCUAAGACAAGACCCCCUGGCUAGAUUGCUGGGUGUAGGUUUCAAAAGAAAAUCCAUAAUUGGAAAUUGGAUACCAAGAUGUCAGUUCUCAUUCGGGGCAAACAAGCUUUUUUUUGUACCCAUCAGCAGUGUUAACCAGUAACCCGGUGACAUUUCACUGUAGUGUGUGAUAUAUCCAGCAUAGUCAUAUAAAGUGUUGAGACAUUAGCUUUACAACCUGACAAAAUAACAUGUUUCUAUUCGCAUGCUUAAUUGAAACUGCUGGAUCCCUUGCAGAUUUAUAUACUGUACUGUGUACAUAUGUCUGUAUAUAUCUAAUAAACCAAAUUGUACUUAAAAA